GACAAGCCGCGGGUUAAUUGGGCUUUGAGAACCUGGAGGUUGCGGAGAGCCCUAAGAGAGCCCUGGAGGUCGCGUCCUCUCAUGCUGCUCUGUUUAUGCUUCCAGAAGCCGGCAAUGACCGCCCGCGCGCUCCUCGCGGGUGGGCGUCGGGACCCCGGGCUCUGCGCACCCACGCGGGGGACUCCGUCUCCGCCCGGCCUUCCCCGGACGCCGUCCCGGCCCCGGCCUCGGCUGCGCCCCCUGCUGCUGCUGCCGCUGCUGCUGCUGCCGCGCUCCGCCCUCUCCGCUGCGUUCACAGUGGGGGUUCUGGGCCCCUGGGCCUGCGACCCCAUCUUCGCCCGUGCCCGCCCGGACCUGGCCGCCCGCCUGGCCGCCGCCCGCCUGAACCACGAAGCUGCCCUGGAGGGCGGCCCCCGCUUCGAGGUCGCGCUGCUGCCCGAGCCGUGCCGGACGCCGGGCUCGCUGGGGGCGGUGUCCUCUGCGCUCACCCGCGUCUCGGGCCUCGUGGGGCCGGUGAACCCCGCAGCCUGCCGGCCGGCGGAGCUACUAGCUCAAGAGGCGGGGAUCGCCCUGGUGCCCUGGGGCUGCCCCGGAAUGCGGGCGGCGGGCACCACGGCUCCCGCGGUGACGCCCGCGGCGGAUGCGCUCUACGCCCUCCUGCGCGCGUUCCGCUGGGCGCACGUGGCCCUGGUCACCGCCCCCCAGGACCUGUGGGUGGAGGCGGGACGCGCGCUUUCCACGGCGCUCAGGGCCCGGGGUCUGCCCGUUGCCCUGGUGACCUCUAUGGAGCCCUCGGACCUGUCUGGAGCCCGGGAGGCCCUGAGGAGGGUCCAAGAUGGGCCCAGAGUCAGAGCAGUGAUCAUGGUGAUGCACUCGGUCCUGCUGGGCGGUGAGGAGCAGCGCCGCCUACUGGAGGCUGCAGAGGAGCUGGGCUUGGCUGAUGGUUCCCUGGUCUUCCUGCCCUUCGACACGCUGCACUACGCCUUGUCUCCAGGCCCGGACGCCUUGGCCGUGCUCGCCAACAGCUCACAGCUUCGCAAGGCCCACGAUGCGGUGCUCACCCUCACGCGUCACUGUCCCCCGGGAGGCAGCGUGCUGGACAGUCUGCGCAGGGCCCAAGAGCAUCAGGAGCUGCCCCCUGACCUCAAUCUGCAGCAGGUAUCCCCUCUCUUCGGCACCAUCUAUGACUCGGUCUUCUUGUUGGCUGGGGGCGUGGCGCGAGCGCGGGCGGCUGCAGGUGGCGGCUGGGUGUCCGGAGCAGCCGUGGCCCGCCACGUCCGGGAUGCCCAGGUCCCCGGCUUCUGUGGGGCCCUGGGAGGAGCCGAGGAGCCCUCCUUUGUGCUGCUGGACACGGAUGCAGCCGGGGACCGGCUGUUCGCCACAUACGUGCUGAACCCCACCCGGGGCUUCUUCCGCUCCGCCGGAACCCCGGUGCAUUUUCCUAGAGGGGGACGGGGGCCUGGGCCCGACCCCUCGUGUUGGUUCGACCCAGACGUCAUCUGCAACGGAGGAGUGGAGCCCGGCGUCAUCUUCAUCGGCUUCCUCCUGGUGGUUUUGAUGGGGCUGACAGGGGCCUUCCUGGCCCAUUAUUUUAGGCACCGGCUACUUCACAUCCAAAUGGUCUCCGGCCCUAACAAGAUCAUCCUGACUCUGGACGACAUCACCUUCCUCCCCCCGCAAAGGGGCAGCUCUCGGAAGGUGGCCCAGGGGAGUCGAUGGAGUCUGGCCGCCCGCAGCUUGUCAGACGUUCGCAGCAUCCACAGCCAAAUCCCGGAUUACACCAACAUUGGCCUCUAUGAGGGAGACUGGGUUUGGCUGAAGAAAUUCCCGGGGGAACAGCACGUAGCUAUCCGCCCAGCGACCAAGAUGGCCUUCUCCAAGAUCCGGGAGCUCCGGCAUGAGAACUUGGCCCUCUACCUGGGGCUCUUCCUGGCGGGGGGAGCUGGCGGCGCCGCGGCCCCCGGGGAAGGGAUGCUGGCUGUGGUCUCAGAGCACUGUGCCCGUGGCUCCCUCCAAGACCUCCUCGCUCAGAGAGACAUAAAGCUGGACUGGAUGUUCAAGUCCUCCCUCCUACUGGACCUCAUCAAGGGAAUAAGGUAUCUGCACCAUCGAGGCGUGGCCCACGGGCGGCUGAAGUCACGGAACUGCGUGGUGGACGGGAGGUUCGUGCUUAAAGUCACCGACCACGGUCAUGGGCGACUGCUGGAAGCGCAGAGGGUGUUACCGGAGACUCCCAGCGCGGAGGACCAACUGUGGACAGCCCCGGAGCUACUUCGGGACCCGGCCCUGGAGCGCCGGGGAACGCUGGCCGGCGACGUCUUCAGUCUGGGCAUCAUCAUGCAAGAGGUCGUGUGCCGCAGCGCCCCUUACGCCAUGCUGGAGCUGACUCCCGAGGAAGUGGUGAAGAGGGUACAGAGCCCCCCUCCACUGUGUCGGCCCUCGGUGUCCAUAGACCAGGCGCCCAUGGAGUGCAUCCAGCUGAUGAAACAGUGCUGGGCAGAGCAGCCGGAACUUCGGCCCUCCAUGGACCGCACCUUCGACCUGUUCAAGAGCAUCAACAAGGGCCGGAAGAUGAACAUCAUCGACUCGAUGCUGCGGAUGCUGGAGCAGUAUUCCAGUAACCUGGAGGACCUGAUCCGGGAGCGCACGGAGGAGCUGGAGCUGGAAAAGCAGAAGACAGACCGGCUGCUCACACAGAUGCUGCCUCCGUCUGUGGCUGAGGCGCUGAAGAUGGGGACACCUGUGGAGCCCGAGUAUUUCGAGGAGGUGACACUGUACUUCAGUGACAUUGUGGGUUUCACCACCAUCUCAGCCAUGAGUGAGCCCAUCGAAGUGGUGGACCUGCUCAAUGACCUCUACACGCUCUUUGAUGCCAUCAUCGGCUCCCAUGAUGUCUACAAGGUGGAGACAAUCGGGGACGCCUAUAUGGUGGCCUCAGGGCUGCCCCAACGGAACGGGCAGCGGCACGCAGCAGAGAUCGCCAACAUGGCUCUGGACAUCCUCAGUGCUGUGGGCACCUUCCGCAUGCGGCACAUGCCCGAGGUGCCCGUGCGCAUCCGCAUCGGCCUGCACUCGGGCCCGUGUGUGGCGGGCGUGGUGGGCCUCACGAUGCCGCGGUACUGCCUGUUUGGGGACACGGUCAACACCGCCUCGCGCAUGGAGUCCACCGGGCUGCCUUACCGCAUCCACGUGAACAGGAGCACCGUGCAGAUUCUCUCCGCCCUAGACGAGGGCUUCCAGACCGAGGUGCGGGGUCGCACGGAGCUGAAGGGCAAGGGCACCGAGGAAACGUACUGGUUGGUGGGCAGACGCGGCUUCGACAAGCCCAUCCCCAAACCGCCUGACCUGCAACCGGGGGACAGCAACCACGGCAUCAGGUUGCAGGAUAUCCCGCCUGAGCGGCGCCGGAAGCUGGAGAAGGCAAGGCCGGGCCUGUUUUCCGGAAAGUGAGGCUGGGCCUGGGACAAGGAUUAUUCCGGAAGGUCCUUUUCCUGAAAGUUGCUGCUGUAGGUGACCAAAAGUCUGGCUAAUACCAGUGGCUUCCGUCCAGCUCUGCCUCAAAGGAUUCUGAGCCUUUGCAAGAGCUGGUUGCAAACCAGCUGUGUGACCCUGGGAAAGUCUCAUGCACUCUCUGGGCUUGGUUUCCCCUCCGUGGUAAAAUGAAGAGUGGCCUACCUAGGUGGUUUCCAUACCCUCCGGCCCUGACAGCUGGCCUUCAGAAUGGUUGGCCUUGGGGUACAGGGCACUGGGCACGUGGCCUCCAGCCCCAGUGACCCUGAGCCCAUAAGAAAGGCCCCAGGAAGGAGGAUCUGGGAUUGGAUGUCCCAACCCCAGAGGAGGUGGAGACCGCCUGUUCCACCAGAGCAGGGGUGUCGUGUGGCCUGAGGAUUUGAGGGCUUCUGUUUAGCCUCAAGCAUCCUUCCCUUCUCCAUCCCCCACCAGUCAGAAACCGGCUCCUUCUCCUGGGGCAUAACCACAUACUUUGCCCAAGUGCAGAGAAAAGCUUGUUUCAAAGCUUUGGGGAAAGGAAGGUAAACAAACCCCACGAAACCUCUCCUAACCAGAACACCCAGGAAUAGUAGUAUUCUCUGUUUAACUGGGCGCCACUGAGCAGGCAGUUGAACAGAAAAUCCUCCCAGCUUAGAUCUUUGCGACAAGUAUCAACCCCUCCCAUCCCAGUAAGUCCCCAGGUAAAGCUUCUUUUGUGGAACUUUGAUGUUCCAGAGCCUGAGCCUUGGCACAUUGGACUCUGGGUGGCCUUCGCCAUUGCUGCAGAACCUGGCAGAAGUUAGCAGCAGCUGUAGCCACCCAGGCUGUCACUAGGUAGUGCGCCUCCAGUCCCUGGAGAUGUGCAAGCAGAACUGGAGACCUCUUUGAGCAGGGAGAGAACAGUCAGAGGGACUUCCUAGGCGGAGGGAUGAACUAAAUCCUCACCACACAGUGUGGUAGGUAGGCCAGCAGCAGCGACAUCACCUGGGAGCUUGUUAGCAAUGCAGAAUCUCAGGCCCAGGAGUAUUGAAACAGAAUCUACAUCCUAACAAAGUUCCUUCAGAGUAUUUAUAUGCACAUUAAAGUUUCUGAAUCAUAGAACUAAAGGAUCCUAGGAUCCCUAAAAUCUCAGAACUGCUAAGAUUUCUUAAAAACCAGGCUAGAAACUAGCCCCAAGACUUCUUUUGUUUGAUCAAUGGAGUGGUUUUGUUUUUGUCUUGAGCUAACGUUUAGAAAUCAAGAGAUACCACAUUGUAAAAAUGGCUGCCAAAUGUCCCUCUUCUCUGAAAUCAAAAGCCCCACACAGGGGCAACUGCUGACUUCCUUCUGGAGCUAAAGAGCAACCGUCCCCUCGUCCCGUCUCUCCAGGGUUUCGCUUUUCUGUUCUCACCGUGCCCACCACUCCCCGUGCACUCCAAGACACCAAGAUUUUCUGAACAUCUCUUAUGUACCUGUCCAGAGCCUGUAGACGUUAGACCUCAGGACUCUGGAGUAGCUGAUGUUAGGAUUACAGGCACUGCUGGAGAUUGCUUUGCCUGACUCGUGAAAUCCACAAGUUCAAUGGUCUUCCCCUCCUUCCUAAAGGUAGAGAAAGAACAGACAAGAAACCUAAAAUCCAGCACUUGUAGGUUCUGGUUACUUAAGGUGGCGCUGCUAUAGUGAGUAAUAUAGUAUAAUUUAAAACACAUUUUUAACCGAGUUCGGAGAUGAUGAAUUAAGGAUUUUUUUAAAACCCUGAUGCACACACAAAAAAAAUAUUUUUUAAAUUAUGUACAUUCUUAAACAUCUCUCUUCAGAUUUUCUCUGUCCUUAGGCCCCAGGAAUCAAGGGCAGGCUCUGCAUUGCUGGUGUUGGACCUGACCGUGUGGACGUAGCUCUCCCUCCCCUGCCUCUUCCCUCCCUCCCUCCCCACCCCUUACCUCUCCUUCCCUCCCUGCCUGUGAGGGGCCAUGGGUAGUUACUGGCCUGUGAUUCAGGGGAGCUUUGGGAAAGGGUUGGCCUGUGAUUAGGUGCAGGACAGGCUGGGGCAAGGCACCCCCAGAGGGAGAGGAGUAUGACCUGUGGCCCAAACCCAGUUUGGGGCAGAGGUGGGGCGGGCAGGGCUGAGCCGGUCCCUUCCCACCCUCAACUCAGCCUUGUUCCUGGGACUCAGUCUCAAAGGCGAGUGACGGGGGGAGAAGCUGGUAAAGGAGAGGCCUGUCCUCCUCCCCAGCCAGGAGAACGCAGGACCACCCGCCCCAGAGCUCAGAGAGCUGGUGGGAGAAGAGGAGGGAAACAGUUAAGCCCCAGUCUCCUCUCUCUGCCGGGCAGUUUCUCCUUGCCUUUCUCCUCCAUUUCCGUGGAACCUUUUCCCCUGGGCCCAGUCAGUCUCCUAGAGCCCAGCUGCCCUCAGACCCAAGUCCUCUCCACCUGGUCAUCCCUCUUGUUCCUGGGACCCAGGCAAUUCCCAGCCCAGAGAGCACCCGGCUUGGCCACUAGGCACCCCUCACCCUCUGACGUGUUUACACUACCUCGGCCAGCUGGCCUGUGCCAGGAGCCCACGCUCGGGGUGGCCUUGCCUUCGGGAUGGCUCUGUCGCCAGGAGCAGCGCUGGCCGAAGCAGGGAGCUCCCGCAGCUCUGCUGCUGCUUCCAUCCCAUAGCCCGGACGCCGCAUCCUGACCCAGGGCUCACCUGGCGCCUUUUGUCUGUGCUGCUCCUCAGGGUCGGGGCCCUGCUCCCCAUCCCCACCUGCAGUGGACCCCAGACACCCCCCUUUGGGGGAUCUGUGACACUGCGUUGUGGGACCGCGUUCACCGGGAUCUUCUGGACCGGGCACUGUGGACACCAGGCCAUGUGCCGUGGUGCUGGGUCCUGGCAGGGUGGGGGCUGGAAUAAAGGUGUGCUUUCUUCC